CUCGCCCCGCCCCCGCCUCCUCCGGAUGUUGGACCGCUCGGAUGUCGCGGCCGCCUCCCUGGUGGCCGCCUGUCUGGGCAUCUUCCUCAGCAGCGGCCGUAUCUUCGCGAUCGCGGAACGGCACCUUCUCUACGAUCCGGCGGAGCUGAACCUGAAUACGCUCGACACGACGUCCCUGCUGCUAGACCGCCGCUACUUCCACUCGACAGCCGAGAGACAGCUCCUCGAGUCCAGCUCCGCCUUCCAUGCCUUUGCCAAUGAGGUCUCUCUCAACGAUCUGGCAUCCAUCGCCCUCUCGGCCAAUACACUCCUGGCCCAUCCCGCGGCGGACCUCCUGAUUCAGCGGGUCUCCUCCGAUGAGGUCAUCGAGCACAUCCUCCUCAUGGCCGAGAGCGAAGACCCCACCAAACGCCACGCCGGCCUGAUCGCCCUCGCAUCGGUCUUUCUUCAGGACUACCGCACAUCCCGCUACCUGGCCCAUGGGGCCGUCGACACGGCAUGCUACGCCUUCCUGCGUUAUGAUGAUCCCACCUCCCUCCGCCUGGCCUUGUAUCCGCUCGUGCGGCUGGCUGCCUCCUCCUUUGCCCUCCGCGGCUACUUCCUUCGCACCGCGGUCGUCGACAAGGCCUGCGCCAUCAUCGACAGGUCUGGCUCCUCCUUCUCGCCGAUCUGCCUCCGCUGCCUCGACUUUGUCCUUCUUUUGUCGAUCGAAGACUCUCUCAGGGCCUACCGGACCCCCAUCCUGCGGACGUUCAUCCGGCUGCUAGAGCGCGCCCCGCGCUUCCAAAAGCUCGUCUCCGUCAUCGGCGCCAUGGAUACCAUCCUCACCAAUGCCUCGCUCGAUCCCGUCGACAGCAAGCCCUACAUCAAGCCCCUGCUCAGCAGGAUCAUCCGCAUCAUCGGCAACCUCAAGCCGCUUCUGUUCCGCCCCAAUUCCCCCUUCAACAAGGACGCCUACAAUUCGGUGAUCAGCUGCCUGAACCUGGCCGUCAAAAUCGGCUACGACCCGGGCGACGAAGUGCACGACCUCUUCGACCUGACCAUUCUCCUGCCACCCUACGACUACUUCAGCGAGGAGACCUUCCUGCUCUUCCUCGAGGCAGUCGAGCGCCUGGCCCCGCUUGCCGCGGAGCCUGUUUACCGGAACUACUUCGAGAAGACCCUCAACCACAUUCACAUUCUCUUCACCUCCCUGGUCUCCUCCAUAACCCCCUUCACCCGGCGCAUGCUCUCCCUCUUCACGACGGUCCUGCCCCUCAUACGCACGCACUUGGAGGUGGAGAACACCCUUUCGGCUGGGAUCUUCCUCCGCCAUGCGCAGGUGACCCGCGAGACCGCCUUCGGGCCCAUCUUCGGCUACCGCUUCGCCUCCUUCAACAGCUUGCUCUGGACCAUCGCCCACAACCUCAUCUCCGAGUGCAACUUCGACCAGGUCGACCCCCUGCCCUUCCUCCACAUGCUGGCCACCCUGCACAUCAGCACCCCCUUCAACCCCGCCGAAAGCCCCGAGGUCGAUCCCUUCUACCGGCUCUUUGCCACCAAGCUUGUCUUCCGGCACAUCCGCCGCGCGGCCGACAUCGCCCGGCUGAUCGCCCUCCCCAACGCCCUUCAUCACCUCUCCCCGCAGCUCAACCCCGCCCACCCGUACUAUGCCUUCGUCCUGUCGGCCAUCUUUGGCAGCGACUCCGAGCGCCUGGUCUGGCACAGCACCGGCAUCGCUCUGAGGGUCGGCGCCGCGGUCGACAUGACCCCAAGCACGCUCGAGCACAUCGACGUCGGCUGUGUCGAGGACGAUGGCGACCCCCUGCCCCCGGCCGACUGGCCCGGCAUCGUCGACCCCUCCCGCCGGCUGGCCCUCCCCCGGCCAGCCCGGCCCUUCCUGCUGGAAUACCCCCCGGUGCUGGAGGGCCUCGCCGCGCAGGCCGACAACCGCACGCUGGCCAAUCUCUUCUUCGCCUUCGAGACAUUUGCCUUCGGCUCCGACGCGCACUUCGUCAAUUGCGCCGCGCACAUCACCGCCACCUCCCUGGCACUGCACUUUGCCCGGGCCCUGGCCGCCCUGCCGCCGCCGCCGCCGCCGUCCCCCGCGGCCGGUGGCCCCCGGGGGCAGCCCGCCCCCGGCCACCUGCCCGCCCUCGACCCGCUCAUUGCCUUCCGCGCGACCAUCCUCUGUAAGUGGCUCCAUCACCGGUUCACCUCGAUCGACAUUUGCCCCCUUACCCCGGAGGAGGACUGCUGCCCGAUGGACGAGCCGGCCAUCUUCACCCUCGCCGCGCACUUCACCCACUGGGCCGGGAUCUUGCGCGACAUCUUCGGCUUCGCCGAGCUUGUCCCCGACUCGUGCAAGGCUCCCUUCGCGGACUUCUUCCUCCUCUUCUGCCACCUGACCGGCACCAUGGACGCCCUUUUGCAGCACUGCUCUCGAUCCGGCCCCCUCCCCCCGGGCCUGGUCACGGCUCUCGGCUCCGACUUGGCUCCGGCCCUGCUGGGGAUCUGGUCCUGGGUGCUCGCCGUGUCCGAGGCCCCCAUCCCCACGGCGUCCCUCUAUCGCCAGACCCUGGCUCACAUCCUCGGCCUCCUGAAGUCCUUGCAUAUGAAUGGCCUCAUUGAUCCGUCGACUCGGGAGCAGCUGCGCACGCCGAACGUCCUGCUCGGUGGCCGUCUGUCCGUCGCCCCGGAGAUCACCCAGCCGGCCGGUCGCUUCGCCGGCAGCGAGGUCCUCCUGCUGCCGCUGGCCGCCGGCGGCCCGGUGCACCUGCCGCGGAGACUCCUGCGGCGCUUCGUGCGCGAUCUCGGCCGCGUGCUGGCCGAGCCGCCCGGCCCGGGGGCCUGGUUUGCCGAGGCCCGGCCCCUCCCGGCCCCGCCGGCCCCGCCGGCGUCGCUGCUGCGCGGGACCUGGCCGCGGGCCCCAUGCUCGGCCGCCGGGGUGGGGGGGCUCGCCGGGCGGCCUAAGCCUCCGGCUCCCCCGGCCCCCCCGGCUCCGGCCCCCGGGGAUGCCCUCUUCCCGGCGGCCCUGCCAGCGCGACUGGGCCCCGCCGGGCCGCUUGUCCGGUGUCGGGCCCCGCUGGCCGGGUAUCUGCUGCAGGGCGGCCUGCACACCUGCCGGGCCGACACCUUCCCCCUGACGCCGGCCCCCGGGCAGCCGGUCAUCUUCCUCGGCCAGGCCGGCUUCCACUCGGGCUACACGGCCCCGGCGGUCCGGCUGCCGCACCCCCGGCCGAUGGACCAUCCCACUGCGCGGGGCAUUCUGGCCUAUGGCGGGCCUCGGGGCGCGCCCCGGCAGCCGCCCCCCCGGUCGGCGGACCUGCAAUUUUCCGUGCGCCUGCGCCUGCGCCGGGGCAGCGAGCUCACCAUCGGCUGGCUCCUGGCCAGCGAGCAGGCCCCCCAAGUGGACCCGGCCCUGCUGCAGCUCCUGCACCCCACGUCCAUCCCGUUGGAUUGGACGCUGAUGGCGGCGGCCAAGCCGCCCUCGGUGGCCGCUUUGCGGGUGUCGGUCACCGGGCCCGCGGAUCCCGGCCUGCCGGCCCCGGCGCCGCCGCACCCGGCCGCCGACGCCAGCGACUCCGACUCCGACAGCGACUCCGACUCGGAGGGCGACCUCGGCGAGACCGGGGAAACCGACGCGGUCCGGUGGGGCGAGGGCCCCUUCGAGGCCCUUUUCGAGGCCCUGGUCGGCGACCCGGGCACCGACGAUUCCCAAUCCUCCGAUGAGGAAUUCGAGCAGCGCAUGUACGAGCGCGUGGCGCGCGAACAGGGCUGGCAUGUGCGCGGCCCCUCGGCCGACAGCCCGGCCGAGCCAGGCCACCCCGCCGAGGCGGCCUCGCCCGAUCUCCCGGGGCCCGGCCCGUCGGACAUCUGGCCCGUGGGCAUGACCGCGGCCCAGGCGGCCGCCACCCGCGGCUCCCCGGCGCGCAGCCUGUCCUUCGAGCGGCCCGCCGGUCCCCACCAGGACGCGCCCCCGCCGGCGGCAGCCACCCAGCCCUCGGCCGGUCGCCGGCCGGCGGACAAGACCGCCGCCGACCCGGCCGCCGGGUUCAUCCUCGUCGGGAGGACAUUCAUUGCCGACCCGCAUUUGGCCGAUCGCCCGCAGGAGGCAUACUCCGAUGCCGGCGAGCUGGUCGGCCGUGUGGGCGGGUCCUCGGGCCUGCGCAUGUUCCCCAUCCAGCACCAGGCCCACAUGGAGGUGGAGGUGCGCGCGCGCGUCGACCUCCGCACCCGAUCCCUGUCCUUCACCGUGAACGACCACCACAUCGGCGUCGUGUAUCGCCUGCAUGAUGCCGUCGAUGAGGUUUUCUUCGUCCCGAUGAUCGUGGCACACAAUGUCGAGGAUGUGCGCGCGUUCGCCGGCUAGCAUGGGCACAUCGCCCUCUCCCCCUGCCCCCCCCGGGGCGGGGGAAGGGCCAAAGAGCGCUGGUCGCCCUUCUGCUCCCUCUGCUACCACUCGCCCCUGCCUGGACCGGGCUUUGGCUGGUCUGCUCGGCGACCGCAUGGGCAUGCCCCGCCCCCGGGGCAGCCGUGCCUCCUUUCCACGCACACACAUGCAUGUGUCCAUCGACCUGUACAUAUACCUUUGUCUCCCUGCCA